CGACACCGACAGCAGGCUGCUGCGCAUGCGCGCGCGUCAAAGCUUAUGUGUUGCGCCAUUAUGGUUAAUAUAAACCAGGCUGACGUUCUUACAAGUGUUUAUUUAUUUGUAAACCCGACGCGGUGAUAAUAAGACGGUAUUUCAACAUUGUUUCUAACGACAGCCUUCAUUCCUCCUUCUCCUUCUCCUUUCCCCCCCAUUCCCAAUUGAAUUUUUUUUUUGGUGAUGGCUUGUUUGGCCACUUUGAAACGAGACAUCAAACUUCUUGAAGCAGCCUUCCCCAAAGCUCAUGAACGAUUUCAAAUCCGCUCUGCUUCCGUAGACGAGUUGGCCUGUCGUUUUGUUGUGAGCGAAGGCGAGUACUAUGAUAUCCACGCCAACAUAACGGAGACGUAUCCUCAAUCUGCUCCAAUAUGGUUUAGUGAUAUUGAAGAUCCAAUGAUAACCAGUGCAAUUGAACAUUUGUGCAAUGCCACUGCUGAUAAAUACACUAUAUUAGAUCAAGUGAAAAUUUUGUUAACACAGCUCUGCUCGCUUCAUAAUGUACCAGUUCCGUUUGAAGUGACAAAUAUCGACAGAGAUCUUGCUGCAAAAAACCAAGCCAUUCGGUCUAAUCGAGAAGAUUCUGAUGAUGAUGAAGAAGAAUUCCAUUAUGAGAUGGAAGAGGAAGUUCCAGGUGAGACCAAAAGUAAAGAUGAUAUUGAUGGGAUUGAUGCAGGAAACUUAGUGGUGUUGGAAAAAUUAAAACAGAAUCAAAGACAAGACUAUCUCAAGGGCAAUGUUUGUGGCUCAGUCCAGGCAACAGAUAGGUUGAUGAAAGAAUUGAGGGAAAUAUUUCGAUCUGAAAGUUACAAAAAGGCUAUCUACACAAUAGACCUAGUCAGUGAAUGUUUGUAUGAAUGGAAUGUCAAAUUAUUCAAAGUGGAUCAGGAUAGCCCCCUACAUGCAGAUCUUAUAACAUUUAAAGAAAAAGAGGGGAGGGAUCACAUUCUAUUAAAUUUUACAUUUAAGGAUUCAUUUCCAUUCGAUCCACCAUUUGUGAGAGUUAUCAAUCCAGUAAUCUCAGGAGGCUAUGUUCUAAGCGGAGGAGCCAUCUGUAUGGAACUUCUCACAAAACAAGGUUGGAGCAGUGCCUACAGUAUAGAAUCUGUCAUACUCCAAAUAUCUGCUACUUUGGUUAAGGGAAAAGCACGAAUAAACUUCUCAGCUUCUAAAAAUCAAUACAGUCUAGCUAGAGCUCAGCAGACAUUCAAGUCAUUGGUGCAAAUUCAUGAAAAAAAUGGCUGGUUUACACCACCAAAAGAAGAUGGUUAAUGAGUCCACCAGAAGAGCUGGUAGCAGAGAUGCAAACUUCUCCCUUUGUUUAUUCACUCUCCUCUUCUCUUCUCCACUUUCCUUUCCUUCUUUCUCUUCCUGUCACUACACACACUCGUGCACACAUACACACACACACACACGCACACAUACACACACACACACACACACACACA